AUAAGACACUAAAGGCCCCUCCCUUGGGGACAGCCCUACCAUGGCUGGACCAUCUUCAGGGGGCCGUGUGCCUGUCUGGGCCACCUUAGGCAAAUCCCCCUCUCUGGACCUUGCCCUCUGCCUGCAGGGAGCUGGAUGGAAAUGUAGGUCAGAAGUGUAGAUCAGACUGCUCCGUGGCAUCCUUAGGACUUUGACGGGUUCCCUGUGCCCUACCUCAGGGGGUAACCUGAGCAUCUCUGCUUGUGUCUACUUUAUUGACUGAUGCUAUCAUAAAAUGUUUUAUUUGAACCAAGGGCUUCUGAGACGAAAACAUUUUUAAACCCCAGGAAGCACAGACCUGUUGCAUUCUGUGUCCCUGCUGAGUCUGUUUCAGUGUGGAAAUUGCGAGUCUGAUACCUACAUAGUUGUUAUGGGGGGGAGGGGAGCAGGUGUCUCUGGUGUCUCCCUGAGGGCUCGGUGAGAAACACGGCCCUCGGGACAGUGCUUGGCAGGUAGCCGGGGCCAUUGUCCUCGAUUCUAUUUUUAGGUACAAGUGACUAGUGACUGAGGGGCCUGGUGGGGAGGGACCAGCCGGCCACCCCACAGAUAGUCUGAACACAUGUUCUGAACGCUGGCAUAGUAGGGGCACCUGAAAUUUAUUUUAAAUUUGCAGAAGCAUCAACAUUUUCAUCAUGGCAAAAGUCGCAACUUUGCUGAGUGGUCUCACAUUCCUUCCUGUCUCGGUCUUGCUUUUUAUUGUGACUGACAUGUGUGGCCUCAGGUCUCUGGGCCUCUAAGGGCCUUUCUCUGCCAGGGAUCCCUCCUGGAGCCUAACAGGCAGGUGCCGUUCUCCAAAGGACCCUUUCCUUUCCUCGGAACCGUUUCUUGCACGAACCCCGCCUGCUCAGGGCAGAUUCUUAACAUAUUUGCCCAUCAGCAGCCUCUCAGAGAGGAAUGUCAAAUGCUGCCGUGAUGUCAAACAGGCCCCAAGGAGAAGGGCCUGGGCCGACCUCGGCCUGUCACUCAUGGCCAGAGGAGGGUGGGAGAUAAGCAAAGUGAAGGCAUAGGGAGAACCCGGGGCCUCUGCGCUCCCCACACGCCCGGGCCAUCGCGGGGGCUGGUGCUGCCGGGAGGCUGUCAGCUACCGAGAAUAAUGACCUUGCAGACACCACCACCUGAGUGAGAACCAGGGGUCUGUGACUCCUUAUCCUCCGCUUUUACCCUGGUCAAGCCUGCACCAGGAUGUCAGAGGCCUCUAAGGAGAGUCUGGGGCCCCGAGGGCUGCCAGGGCUGGGUAAGGCCUGCUUAACCACCAUGGACAAAAAACUGAACCUGCUGAAUGAGAAGGUGGACCAGCUCCUGCAUUUCCAAGAAGAUGUCACAGAGCAGCUGCAGUGCAUGUGCCGAGACAUGGGCCGCCUGGAGCAGGGCCUGCACAGGCUGGAGGCCUCCCAGGCGCUGGGCCUGGCCGGGGCUGACGGGGCUCCCCCUGCUAACACCCAUGCUGGGUGGCCCGAGGUCCUGGAGUUGGUGAGGGCCAUGCAGCAGGACGCGGCCCAGCAUGGCGCCAGGCUGGAGGCCCUCUUCAGGAUGGUGGCUGCGGUGGACAGGGCCAUCGCUUUGGUGGGGGCCACGUUCCAGAAAUCGAAGGUGGCGGAUUUCCUUAUGCAGGGGCGUGUCCCCUGGAGGAGAAGCAGCCCAGGUGACAGCCCUGAGGAGAACAAAGAACCAGUGGAAGAAGAGGGAGCAAAACCAAAGCAUGUGCUGAGCACCAGGGGGUUGCAGGCUGAUGCCAGGGGGCCUGGGGAAGAGAGCCAGAAGGUGGACGUGCUGGAAGGGACAGUGGAGAGGCUGCCCCCCAUCAGAGCUUCAGGGCUGGGAGCUGACCCUGCCCAGGCAGGGGCCUCAUCAGGCCAGGGAGAUGGCAUUCCUGGCCCAGGCCAGGCGUUCCCUGGCCACCUGUACCUGCCCACAGAGGUGGAAGCCAAGGCUCCUGAGACAUCCAGCGAUAACCUCAGGACUGGCCUGGAAUUGGCUCCAACACCCGGCAGGGUCAGUGUGGUCUCCUCGAGCCUGGAGGUUGCACCAGGUGCAGGACAAGGAGCAUCGUCCAGCAGGCCUGACCCUGAGCCCUUAGAGGAAGGCACGAGGCUGACUCCAGGGCCCGGCCCCCAGUGCCCAGGGUCUCCAGGGCCGCCAGCCCAGGCCAGGGCAGCCCACAGUGGUGGAGAGACACCUCCAAGGAUCUCCAUCCACAUGCGAGAGAUGGGUACUCCUGGGGAGAUGCUGGUGACACGCAGGGGAAGCCUCGGACCCGCCCCUGCCACAGAGGCUCCAGCAGCUGCCCAGCCAGUCAGGCAGGGCCCACCUGGGGCCAGGCGCUGCCUCCAAGCCCCUGGGACUGAGUUCAGAGAACAGACCCCUGAAGGAGCCAGAGAGCUCUCCCUGCUGCAGGAGAGCAGCAGCCCCGGGGGAGCGAAGGCAGAGGAAGAGCAAAGGGCUGGGGCUGAGCCUGGCACAGGACCAGGCUUGGCCAGGAGGGACGACAGUGACCACGUGACUGAGGCCCUGGACAUGCAGCAGGACAAAGGCCCAGGAGCGGGAAACCCUGAGCCUGGGGAGGACUGUGCAGCCAGGGCCCCAGGGAGAGCUGAAGCAAUAAGGAGGACGCCCCUGGACGCUGAGGCUGGAAGCGUGGUUCUGGAUGACAGUCCGGCUCCGCCAGCUCCUUUUGAACACCGGGUGGUGAGCGUCAAGGAGACCUCUAUCUCGGCAGGUUACGAGGUGUGCCAGCACGAAGUCUUGGGAGGGGGCCGGUUUGGCCAGGUCCACAGGUGCACAGAGAAAUCCACAGGCCUCCCACUGGCUGCCAAGAUCAUCAAAGUGAAGUGUGCCAAGGACCGGGAGGAUGUGAAGAAUGAGAUCAACAUCAUGAACCAGCUCAGCCAUGUGAACCUAAUCCAGCUCUAUGACGCCUUCGAGAGCAAGCACAGCUGCACCCUCAUCAUGGAGUAUGUGGAUGGAGGUGAGCUCUUUGACCGGAUCACAGACGAGAAGUACCAUCUGACCGAGCUGGAUGUGGUCCUGUUCACCAGGCAGAUCUGUGAGGGCGUGCAUUACCUGCACCAGCACUACAUCCUGCACCUGGACCUUAAGCCGGAGAACAUACUGUGCAUCAAUCAGACAGGACAUCAAAUUAAGAUCAUUGACUUCGGGCUGGCCAGAAGGUACAAGCCUCGAGAGAAGCUGAAGGUGAAUUUUGGCACUCCUGAAUUCCUGGCCCCAGAAGUCGUUAACUAUGAGUUUGUCUCGUUCCCCACGGACAUGUGGAGUGUGGGAGUCAUCACCUACAUGCUACUCAGUGGCUUGUCCCCAUUUCUAGGGGAAACAGAUGCAGAGACCAUGAAUUUCAUUGUAAACUGUAGCUGGGAUUUUGAUGCUGACACCUUUGAGGGGCUCUCGGAGGAGGCCAAGGACUUUGUUUCCCGGUUGCUGGUCAAAGAGAAGAGCUGCAGAAUGAGUGCCACACAGUGCCUGAAACAUGAGUGGCUGAAUAAUUUGCCUGCCAAAGCUUCAAGAUCCAAAGUUCGUCUCAAAUCGCAACUGCUGCUGCAGAAAUACAUAGCUCAAAGAAAAUGGAAGAAACAUUUCUACGUGGUGACUGCUGCCAACAGGUUAAGGAAAUUUCCAACUUCUCCCUAAUCUUCAACUCUGCUGCUCCAAUGGGUCCAGAAAUUACUGAGGCCAGUGGUGAAGUGAAGAGAUGACUCAAAAAGUUAAAUAAUUUGGCUUUUUGCUAUUACUGAUUACACUUAUUUUGUAAAGAUGAUUAUGGCUGCUGCUUUCCUUGUGGAUGAAAAGUGGCUGUAAAGAAGCUUCCUAAGAACGCUUUUUUCUGCCUUGUAAGAUCACUGUGUGAAAUGCUGUGUGUAUCUUUCAAGUAUACCUACUUUUGGUGGUAAGUGUAGGGAUGCUUUAGGGAGGUACUUUGCGUAUGUCGAAUUUAAAUUCUAAACUCACACUGAUUAAAGAACUCGGUAGACUACUUUGCAGGGUCAUGUUAUUCAGUAUUAUCUCCUCCAGUACAAAGAAUUAGAAUUUUGAUUUGUUCAGGUGUGAGCUGACAUUUUAUUGUACUACCCCAUUCUUGUGUCAAGUCACGUGAAUUUAGGACAGUGAUCUUCAAGCUUGACAGUGAUCUUCAAACUUGCUUUAACUUAUGCUCCAUUUUGAGAAUCAGCAUCAUUUGAAAUGUCAAAGUAUGUCAACUGUCAUAGCCAAAUCAGAGCAGU